AUGGAGCCAUCCAUGGCGCCUUGCAACGUGCGCAACGUGCGUCGCCGGAAGCUGGUGAAACAGAGUGGAGUUCCAGACAUCUACUGGAACUCAGGGCGCUGGGCAUGGGCGGUCCACUUUCCACUGGGCCGACGGCGCAGCAGCCGUAUGUUCUCCGUGGGGAAGUUCCUGCGGCAAGGUGCCAGCGAGGCGCAGGCGGAUCAGCAAGCGCUGGACGAGGCCAAGGUCUUUCGCCAGAAGCUGCUGGACGAAGGCGUCCUGAAAGAGCUUGUCAAGGAAGAGCGGCCGCAGAGCGACAUUCCUGGUGUGAGUUGGCAGAAGGAGGUGCAGAAGUGGAAGGUGGAAAUCGAAGUGAAGGGCAAGAAGCACUACGCCGGCUGCUUCACCGAGCAGUCCUCCGCCGAGCACCGCGCCCGAGAGCUUUGGCGGGAACACGGCGCACCACUGGAAGCGUCCCAGAGCGUAGCGGUAGCUAUGGCCUACGCGGAUCUCCCGCAUUUUCGCCCCACGUCGCCCCAUCCGGGCGUCUGUUGGAUCCGCCGGGAUCAGUGCUGGUGGGCCGCCAGCUGCCUUGGCGAAAAAAAGAUGCGGAAGAGUUUCCGAGCCAAGCCCAAGGAUUUCUCAGAAGCCGAGCUGGAAAGAACCUUCCAGGAGGUUGUCACCUGGCUCAAGGAGCAGAAAUCCAAAGCACAGGUGCAGGACCCUGCGCCAGAAAGGAAGCGGACGAGAAAGAGGAAGCAGGAACCAAAGAGCGAAGAAGCACCAGCAGAAGGCGCAGAACACGGAGCUCCGUUGGCUCCGUUGCCCAACUUCAAGGCACCUGAAAAUGUGCCGGGAAUCCACUGGAUGCGCAGCGAGCAGUGCUGGAAAGCAGAGCACCGAAGCAAAACACUUCGAUUGAAGAUGAGAAGCAGGCCCAUGGACCACUCGAAAGAAGAGCUGGAACGAGCCUUCAACGAAGCUCGCGAGUGGUUGGAACGACAGAAAGCAACUGACAGCUGCGCCGGCCGCGCCGCGCCCGUGGUCCCCGUAGCCACGGCUGAGGUGCAAAGAUGCCAAGGUGACAUGAAGCGUGGUCACAAAGGAAUCUGCUGGACUCAACGGGAGCGAUGCUGGAAGGCGCAGUGUCAGAUCAAUGGCUCCAAUCGACAGUUCAAGGUGAAGCCCAAAAACUCGUCAAACGAAGCUCUUGAGGCAUCCUUCCAACGAGCCGUCACCUGGCUUCAGCUGCAACGCGCCGAACGCGCCGAACCAGCCGCGGCCGCGGAAGCGUCGAAGGCUGUGACGCGGCGGAAGGCGCGGAGGCAGCUGAGGAGCUUUGAAUGCCCGGAGCCGGUGAAGGGAGUCUGUUGGGCCCGGCCCCAGCAAUGCUGGUUCGCCCGCAUCACGGACGCUGCGGGACGGAAGAGGUUCUGUCGCGUAAGGCCCAAGGACUAUUCGGACGAGAAGGUGCGGGAAGCCUUCAAGGCAUGUGCUGAGUGGCUCCGCUUGCAGCGGGAGAAGAAGCAGAAGGAUCGAGAGCUGACGCAGGCAUCCAAGAAAGGACCGUCCAUGCUGCAUGCCUUGGCUCCACCGGGCUCAAAAGAUGGCAGUUUGAACUUCGGACGGGGCGCACCGCGACAGGCCGGGAUCCACCGUUGUGGCGCCAUGGUAUCCAAGUUCUGCGCCAUCGUAGUGCCGCUUGGCAUUUUGCUGCGGCUGCUCCUUUUAGCGGCUAAGCAGCUCUAUCGGAGCACGGACUUUGAAGUUCACAGGAAUUGGCUUGCCAUCACGCAUCAGUUACCGAUCUCGGAAUGGUACUUCGAAGAAACGUCGCCUUGGACCCUGGACUACCCUCCAGCUUUUGCAUAUUUCGAGUGGCUUUUAUCUCAGGUGGCCGUCCUGCUUGAUCCAGCCAUGCUGCAGGUCCAAAACCUGGACUAUGCCAGCGAAGCAACGGAGCCUCGGCCCAUGGCAAAAGGCAAAACGGAGGAUUGGGGGACCUGGGGCCUCAGUGCUCUUCCUCUCAGGUCUGCUGCUGGAACGAUCCCUCAGACUAGUAGGGGUUCGGUGAUCCUGGCUGAUGUGCUCCUUGCAUUGGGCGCCUUUAACUUGGGCGGUGCCAACGCGGUGGCACUGGUGCUGUGGAACUCUGGCCUGCUGCUGGUGGAUCACGUGCAUUUUCAGUACAACGGUAUGCUCUUGGGCAUCUUAUUGCUGUCUAUCUCGUGCAUGGAAACUGGACGGACCUAUAUUGGGGCACUACUCUUUUGCCUCCUCCUGUGCAUGAAGCACAUUUUCCUCUACGUCUCUCCGGUCUUCUUUGUGUAUUUGCUGCGCUUCCACUGUGGUCUCACCUUCCAGCCCCUGCGCUUGCAGAUCGGCGCGUUGCUUCGCCUUGGCCUUGUGGUGCUUGGAACUUUUCUUGCGCUUCUGUUUCCGCUUCUGAUCUCCGGACCCGUCGAGAGCCAACUACCGCAGCUGCUGCGGCGGCUCUUUCCCUUCGGGCGCGGCUUGACGCACGCCUACUGGGCACCGAAUCUGUGGGCCUUGUACAACACCUUGGAUCGGGUCUUGGCCAAGGUCAUGGGUGCCUCAACUUCGGGCGGCUCCACCUCCGGCUUCGCGGAGGUCUAUGAGUCAGCAGUUUUGUGGACGGUGCCACCCAAGGCAACUUUCGGCUUGACGCUGCUGGCCUAUGGCCCUCUAUUGUGGAAGAUUUGGCAGGCGCCUGAUCGACAGGGCCUGGCACUCUAUGUGGCGCUGGGCUCGGCCAUUGCCUUCACCUUCGGUUGGCACGUGCACGAGAAGGCCAUUUUGAUGGUCACCAUUCCUUUGCUGGCAGCGUUGCCGGCAAAGGAUAGAGGAGAACUGCCAGACCUGCGCGACGCGGCCGUGCAGCUGUCAACCGUGGCCACGUUUUCGGUGAUGCCUUUGCUGCCGCUGAAGCAACCAGAGACGGUGCUGAAAUGGGCUCUGUUUGUCUUCGGCCUGGUAAUGGAGCACCACUUGCUCCGACCCAGCAGUCGUUUCGGCUGGUUGCUGUUGGCCUUGGCUGGGCUGGGAGUCUACCGCGAUGCAGGUGGGCACGAGCUGCUGUUUCGUGGCAUGGAAUUUCUGCCGCUACUUUUGACCUCGGACUUUUGUGCUGUGCUCGUACUUUGGCCCCUCGGACAGGAGUUGCUGGACUCUUCCGGCGCCGCGGUUCCGGUUCCGACACGUCGUCGACUUCGCUGCCGCGUCAACGGAGGGGCGCUGGCGUUGGCGGUUGGCUUAGUGACUUUGGCCUCAGCAGUGUUUGUCACCUAUCGGGCAUGGACAAGGCGCAGCAGUGCGUUGACGGAUGCAGUGGCGUGUUAUUCAGCUAGCGAGCAACGCUUGAAGUUUGGCUUGUCGGAAAUUCCUCCUGGGGCGUGUCCUCUGAAACCAGGCUUUUGCCGCGGUGCAGACGACAAGCUGGAAUACCACGACUGCGAUGGGGACGAUGUUCUGGAUCCCUACUGCGUGGCAGCAGACAAACUUUCCUUCGGCUACAUUGGUUCGAAAGAUGAGUGCGAGAAUAAUUGGCCCAACGGCCUGUGCUUAAACCAAGAUGAGCCCUCCAUUGCCAACGACGACGAGAUCGUCCCAGCAUUGGAGAAUGAGCUGACGAUCAUUCACUUCAACGAUGUUUAUGAGAUGGCCGGUGUGUUGGAGGAUGGCAUGCGCAAGGGGGGUAUGUCACGCGCCGCCUAUGUCAUUGAACGUGCACGAAAGCGGAAUCCGGAUCGAACCUUUGUGGUCUUCGCAGGUGAUUUGCUGUCACCUUCAGUUCUAAGCGAUCUCUUUCAAGGUCGACAGGCUGUGGAUGUUUUGAAUUAUUUGAAUUUGACGGCGGCAUCUCUGGGCAAUCACGAGUUUGACUUUGGCCUCGAUGUCCUUCAGCAAAGGAUGAAGGAGUCGAAAUUUCCGUGGCUGAACAUCAAUCUGAUGGAUGAGCACGGCCAGCUUCUGGCUGGCACUCAGAAGCAUAAGAUCAUAGAUUUCCCUUUCGCACCGCGCUGGUCCCAAGAGCCCAACACCAAACAGUCACGGCUCUGUAUAUUUGGCGCAGCUUACAAUCUGGUGGAGACACUUUACAAAGACAAGGACCGGGUGACCCAUCGAGACCUUCAGGAGGCAUCCCUUGAAGAAGCCAGAGAAUUGCGGGAGAAGCAUCACUGCCAAGUGGUCCUGGCGUUGACGCAUCAGUUCGCAAAGGACGACUGCGCGUUGGCCAAAGCCGCAAAAGAAGAUGUGGAUCUGAUCCUGGGAGGUCACGAUCACUUCACGGACUUGCGCUCGGAUUGCGGACACGCAACCUAUUUGAAGGCGGAUUCCGAUCUCAAGACGCAGUGGGUCAUGACUGUACUGUUGACAGAUGAAGGGACCGCAGAGUCCAUUGAAGGAAAGUUGCUGUCCUUGACCGACUCUGAUCCCUUUUCACCGUCAGUUCAUGACAAGGUGGUGCACUGGGAGGAGAGGGGCCAGCAGGAACUUGGCAAAACCAUUGGCUGCACCAAUGUGUCCCUGGACGCUCGGGAAAGCCAAGUUCGACAGAAAGAGACGGUCAUUGGCAAUUUCUUCACAGAUGCGGUGAUGGGUAUGCACAAGACAGAUGUGGUCUUAAUUCCAGGCGGCACCAUCCGAGGGGACAAGGUUUUUCCUGCGGGAAAGCUUUCAAAGAAGUCCGUGACGGAGAUGCACCCAUUUGGCAACUCAAUUGUGAAGCUGUGGGUGAGAGCGGGUGACAUCAAGACAUACAUCGAUGAAGAGCUGGAAUGUUUUGAGUCCUCCUGCGGCCGGUUCCUACAUGUGGCAGGACUGCAAUACACCUUCGACCCGAAGGCGUCAAAGGGUCAUCGGGUGACGCGCUUGCGCUACGCUAACGGCACAGCGCUGAGGGAGGACAAAGAACUCACCGUGGCCAUGAUCGAUUACUUCUAUGCCAAAUCGGACUGGCGACAGAACAAACUCUUCGAGAUGGGCACGGUGAACGAUGCCGUUCCUCUGAUUCUGGCCCUCUAUGCUUACGUCCAGAAAGCCGGCAGUAGCUGCAUUGUCGCCGUGAAAGCAACUGAGGGCAGUUCCACGGAGGCUGUACCUGCGAAUGCAGGUGCUGGCGUUUGGUCGCCAUUCGGUGCCAAGAAAAGUCGGGGCGAGCAAGGCAUCGUUUAUGACAAGUGGCCGUUCCGCUUGGACAUUGACACCGAGUAUCAGGACUGGAUCCUGAUCUCAGCUUGCGUCCUGGUGCUGGGCAUUUGGUGUUUACCCUGCAUCUGUGGGAAGUUGACCAGUCGAACGGGCCGGGCGUUCUCAGCCUUUGUCUACAAGCGCCUGCAUACCUUUUUUCUGCUGGCGACUUACUUCAAUGUUUUCAUCCUCCUCUUCACCUUGGGCAUUUUGCCCGAUUGGACAGUCAAUGAAUUUGUGGUCUACUUGGUGGGUUUUAUCGAUUGGGUCUUCGUACAUACGGAGAAGCUCAUAACGUCCUUCUCCAUUUUGUUUUGUUUCUACCUGCUGUGGCGCUUCCGGCACCGCAUCGCCUUGGCCACGGGCCUGGAGCACAUCACCUUGAUCCGCUUCAGCUGGCGCGAUUUAUGUGGCUUCGGAAGACGCCAACGCCCCGUGGAGGUCUUCAUUUGGAAGGUAAAGGGCUUACAGAGCGCUUCCUCCAAACUCACGAAGCCCAACGAUCUCUUUGUCGAGUGCCACAUGGGUUACAAUGAGCCCAUGCGCACGCGGGUGCAUAACAAUGCAGGAAGUGAAGCUGUGAUUCGUGAGUCCUUUCAGAUCAAUAUCGAUGAGAAUGCUGCUGACGCAUUGAUGACGCUGCUGGUGAAAGAUCAGUCGCUGUUAGCCAACUCAGAAGUUGCGCGAGUGACUCUUUCCACGCGGGAGCUUUGUGGUAUAGAGGAUCAGACGGGAAAACGUCGAAGCACGUUCUCCUAUACCGAGGACUCAUUCUUAGAAUUGACUCUAUCACCGUCAGGCACCAUUUGGUUGGCGGUGGCACCAGUAGAUGAAGCCAUGGGUGAUGAGGAAACCAAGCUUUUGCUGCACAGCGAAGACUCGCUACUGCCGUGUUGA